UGAAAAUUUUCUAAGAAUUUAAAACUUUAAAACCAUGUUCAAAGAAUUAAAAAAAUGGAGUGAGCGUAUUAUAUCACGCUUACGACAUUCCUCAUCUACCUCUAAUACCGUAUACGAAGCAGAUAAUACAUUAGAAACAAUUGAUCCAAGAGAAUUACCGAGACCAUCACGUGAUCCAUCAGUAAAUAUUAAAGGAUUUUUUGCAGAUGAAACAUCGAUUGAUAGAGAGUCACCAAUUAUGGACAACAACAAUACUCUUAGCGAUUUAAAUGAUAACAAUGGAACAAUAUACAAAUCACAAACAAAAAUAGAUUCAGAUUAUUGUAAUUGUUACAAUUGUAAAAUAUUAUUUAAUGAGUAUGCAGAAUGUGCUAUUUGUACCGAACCAUUGCAAUCAUCCACCGCAGUAAUUUCACACAAUGAAGGGGGUGGUAUAAGUGAAUGUAAUUCAUGUGGUAACAUAUGCUGUUAUCAAUGUUCACAAAAAUUAACAAAAUGUGCCUUUUGUCGUCAACCAUACAUACACAAUUCAUUUCCAAUGUUCUUAAAUGAUCGUAUACGAAGUUUGGCAUUCGAACGUUUAUUAGCUAAAAUCAAAUUACCAUGUCGUAAUGCAAGGUAUGGCUGCAAAGAAUACUUAACAUUAGACGUACGUUUAGAGCAUGAAAUCAAUUGUCCAUAUUCGCCACUUGGUUGUCCCUACUGCAGUUGGCAAGGUGAAGGUACAAACAUUAUCCAACAUUUACGUGAUACACAUAAAAUUUCAGUAGUGCCAGCAAAUGGUAUUGAUAUGGAAAUUAAUGAUUUUCGUGCCAAAUUAAAAGCUGCAAAUGAUAAAUGUCGCCGAUAUUGUAUAUCAUUAUUGUGCCACGGUAACAUAUAUGUGUGUAAAGUAAACAUGCAUAAGAAUAAAUUAAAAUUAUGUUUUCAUCAAAUCGAUGGUAAUUUUUUCAAUAAUUUUCAACAUAAUAGUGGUGAUAAUCGUAAAUUUGCAGCUUGGAUUGAAAUUAGUAGUGCAUAUAAAACGUUAAAAGGUAUACUACCGAUAUUAAAAAGUAAACAUUCAAUUAUGAAACAAUUAGAAAUACCAUGUGAUUCAUUGUUUGCUCAUACGAAUAAUUGUAAUAAAAAAAUUGAUAAUAAUUUAAUACGAAUUUCAAUUACCAUACGACAAUUUCUUGUGUAAUAAAAAGAAUUCUCUGUUUUAAAACUGUAGAGAUUAUAUCUUUAAUUUAACAUUAAAUCACAGGCGUCGGCAACCUACGACGAAUUUUUGAUUUUCGCACUAUAGUGGCUUCCAGUUUCACGACACUGCAAUGAAUUUAAAUAAAAUUUUUUACUUUAUUUCAACGUUGUAGUAAUGAAUAUAGGCAGAAUACAGCGACAUUAUUUUCCAAACGAUUUUUAUAAUUAAUUACUGAGCGUGUCGUUCUCUCAAUUUUAUCAUUUAACACUUGCGCAGUAUAUUUCGAAGUAGCAAAAAUGAUAUAAAAAUAAAACAGAACCGAAAGGCCUUUUAAUAAUUACAUUUUCUCGACUAAAAUGGUUGCCAACGCCUUUAUUAGGGCAUUCCAAUAAGAAUAAAAUAUAUAUAUAUUUAUGAUUUUGAUGACUUUAACCAACGGAGACAAUUAGCGUUUACUUCUUUUGAAAUAUACGAUAUUUGGCGAGAGUCGAGCCCAUGACCUCCUAAACUAUUUUUAAGGCAUUAUAAUGUAUGAAGUAAGAAGAGCUUUUUUAUUGACGUUCUUAUGUAUAAGGCAAAGAUAGACACUUCAGACAAUUUAUUGUGUGUGAUGACUUAAGUCGGCUGUCGUCACGUAUACACACAAACAACUAAUAAAUGAUAUGAUUGCGUGCGCAUCACAAACAAUAAAUUGUCGCAAGAGUCUCUCUUUGACUUAUACGUAAGAACGCCCAUAAAAACUCUUCUUACUUCAUAUAUUAUAAUAGCUAACGAGAUGCUUUACAAACGGUAAAUAGAUCAAGAACUUCUUCUAUAUUUAUUUAUAAUAACCAAAUAUUCUCAAAGUAUGUAUUGACUUAUCGGUAAUAAAUGAUCUUAGUGAAUUAAACAAAAGGGUAGUGAUAGAGAUAUCAUGUUAAAUAUGAUCUCUAUUUCAUUAAAAAAUAUAUCGUUCUUAUUGGAGUACUUUUUUUAAGAAUUUGAUCACAAAGACUCACUAUUUCAAUUAAGUUGAGAACGAAAGGAAGUUAAAGAAAGCAUCCAUUUCACUAAAAUUGUGUUUUUAGUGGAUAUGUUCGCUGACCUCUUCUAAAUGAAGAAAUUUUUCCCGUUUUCAAGAAAACGCAUGCGUAUAACGUUCUUGUAAAACUGUUCUUAUUAUACAGAAUGGUUAAGACUAUAACAGCAGGAGUUAAUCAAAUGGUAGUUAACGUUAAAAUAAUGAAAAUUUCUCUAUACUUAUAGCCGGAAUAAAGAUUCGACAUUUUCGUUCUUUUAAAUUUAAUGGGUUUUUACUUUGACCCAAGCA